GCAAGGAGACAGCAGCAGCAGCAGCAUCAAGAGGAGGAGGAGCAGGAGGCGACCCAGAGCGAGAGAAGGAGAGCCAGGCGCCGCCAUCCCUUCUUGUUCUCCCUCUCCUUCCAAGAUGCUGGAGCUGCAGCUGGAGGAAGGGGUGGUGGUGGUCGGGGUGGGCGUCGGGGGCUGCUACCCGGGCGACGACUUCUGCUCGGGGGGCUCCGGGGUGAUGUCGGAGCGGGUCUCGGGCCUGGCCAGCAGCAUCUACCGCGAGUUCGAGCGCCUGAUCCGCUGCUACGACGAGGAGGUGGUCAAGGAGCUCAUGCCGCUGGUGGUCACCGUCCUCGAGAACCUCGACUCCGUCCUCACCGACAACCAGGAGCACGAGGUCGAGCUGGAGCUGCUCCGCGAGGACAACGAGCAGCUGCUCACCCAGUACGAGCGGGAGAAGGCCCUCCGCAAGCAGGCCGAGGAGAAGUUCAUUGAAUUUGAAGAUGCACUGGAACAGGAGAAAAAAGAAUUACAGAUACAGGUUGAACACCUUGAAUUUCAAACACGGCAGCUGGAGCUGAAGGCCAAGAAUUAUUCAGACCAAAUUUCUCGGUUGGAGGAACGCGAAUCUGAAAUGAAGAAAGAGUACAAUGCUCUUCACCAGCGGCACACAGAGAUGAUCCAGACCUAUGUGGAACACAUUGAGCGAUCCAAACUGCAGCAGGUUGCUGCCGGAAAUAGUCAGAAUGACAGUGGCCUACCUGGGAGAAGUCAUCGCCAGUCAUGGAGGAAAAGCGUGAAGAGGCGUCCUAAUUCUCUGAACAUCCCCCUCACAGAUGACAUGGUACGUGGGCAGGGUGGGGGCAAGAUCGCCCCUGCAGUGGACCACUGGCACCUCAGUGACCUCGGCCAGCUGCAGUCCAACUCCAGCUACAAGUGCCCACCUGAUGAAAUGUCUGAAUCUGGACAGUCUUCUGCAGCUGCUACACCAAGCACCACUGGAACAAAAUCCAACACACCUACUUCGUCUGUUCCUUCUGCUGCUGUCACUCCCCUAAAUGAGAGCCUUCAGCCCAUGAAUGACUACAUCACAUCAAAGAACAACAAGCGAUCCCGGGAAAAACGGAACAGUCGGAAUAUGGAAGUCCAGGUUGCCCAGGAGACAAGAAAUGUGAGCAUAGGGAUGGGAAGCAGCGAUGAAGGGUCAGAUUUCCAAGAUAUUGACUCAACUCCUGAACUUGAGAUGUGCCAGGAUCCUAGAUUGGAGCGCUCAGGAAACAGCCCUACACAGGGGAUUGUGAACAAAGCCUUUGGCAUCAACACAGACUCGCUGUAUACUGAACUUACGGAAGUGGGCUCGGAGGCCAUUGGGGAUGUGGAUGAAGGAGCAGACUUGCUAGGGGAGUUUUCAGUGCGGGAUGAUUUCUUUGGGAUGGGCAAAGAAGUGGGGAAUCUGUUGAUGGAGAACACACAGCUGCUGGAAACUAAAAAUGCUUUGAACAUUGUGAAGAAUGAUUUAAUUGCAAAGGUAGACCAGCUCACUGGAGAGCAGGAGGUGUUGAAAGGGGAGCUUGAAGCAGCAAAGCAAGCAAAAGCCAAGAUGGAAGGCCGAAUCAAGGAGCUUGAAGAGGAGCUGAAAAGGGUGAAAUCAGAAGUGAUUGUUGCCAGACGAGAUCCCAAAGAAGAGGUCGAGGAUGUAAGCAGCUAUCUCUGUACAGAAUUGCCAUCCUCCUCCCCCCUGCAGGACAACAUCCCCAUAGCACAGCGAAGGCGGUUCACUCGUGUGGAGAUGGCCCGAGUCCUCAUGGAACGCAACCAAUACAAGGAAAGGUUGAUGGAGCUACAGGAGGCUGUCAGGUGGACAGAGAUGAUCAGAGCCUCCCGGGAACAUCCAUCUGUACAAGAGAAAAAGAAAUCAACUAUUUGGCAAUUUUUCAGUCGCUUGUUCAGCUCCUCCUCCAGCCCCCCACCAACAAAGAGAAGUUAUCCUUCAGUGAACAUCCACUACAAAUCUCCCACAACAGCUGGGUUCAGCCAACGCCGCAGCCACACCAUGUGCCAGAUCUCAGCUGGGAGUCGCACCCUUGAGUUCUUCCCAGAUGAUGAAUGCACAUCAUCUGCACGUCGUGAACAGAAGCGUGAGCAAUACCGCCAAGUCCGAGAGCAUGUGCGGAAUGAUGAUGGCCGCUUGCAGGCAUGUGGUUGGAGCCUGCCAGCCAAAUACAAACAGCUAAGCCCCAAUGGUGGUCAAGAGGACAACAGGAUGAAGAAUGUCCCAGUGCCUGUGUACUGCCGCCCUCUGGUAGAAAAAGAUCCAACCAUGAAGUUGUGGUGUGCAGCUGGUGUCAACCUAACAGGUUGGAAGCCUGUAGAACAGGAUACUGGGAAUGGACAGAAACCAGAACCAGGAUGUGACCCUCUAACUUGUGACCGAGAAGUAGAAGAAGAGAGUACCAAGAGCAGCCACACAUCUCCAGAAAAGAAAAAGGCCAAAGAGCUGUACGAAACAGAUGCCACAUCCAGCAGAGUGUGGAUCCUCACAAGCACUUUGACUACAAGCAAAGUUGUGAUCAUUGAUGCCAACCAGCCUGGCACAGUGGUGGAUCAUUUCACUGUCUGCAAUGCUCACGUGCUUUGUAUUUCUAGCAUUCCAGCAGCCUGUGAUACUGAUUAUCCUCCUGGAGAAAUUUUUUUGGAGAGAGAUGUGAAUCCUGAUGAGUCACUAGGAACAGAUGGCGUUUUGGCAGGCAUCACACUAGUAGGCUGUGCAACCCGAUGCAACGUCCCCAGCAGCAAUUGUUCCUCUCGUGGAGACACCCCAGUACUGGAUAAAGGACAGGGUGAGGUGUCUGCAGUAAGCAAUGGAAAGGUCAACCAAUCCCAGUCCACUGAAGAGGCAACUGAAGCUACUGAGGUGCCAGAGAAUGGUGUAACUGAAAUGGAGCCAACGCAUGUUCGGACGGGCCCACUUACAGAACAUGUCUUUACAGAUCCAACCCCAGCUCAGGUGCCUACGAGGCAGAUCAGUGAGAAUGGACAACCAAAGACAGAAUCAAGCACGGUGAUACAAGACCAAGAGACAAAUGGCAGUACAGGUGGCGCUGCCACUAGCGCUGCCCCCACCAUGUGGCUUGGAGCACAGACUGGCUGGUUGUAUGUACACUCUGCAGUCUCAAAUUGGAAGAAAUGCCUACACUCAAUCAAGCUGAAGGAUUCAGUACUGAGCCUGGUGCAUGUGAAAGGGCGUGUUCUUGUGGCUCUGGCUGAUGGGACUCUAGCUAUAUUCCAUCGAGGAGAAGAUGGUCAGUGGGACCUGAGCAACUACCAUCUCAUGGACCUGGGCCACACACACCACUCCAUUCGCUGCAUGGCUGUGGUGUACGAUCGUGUGUGGUGUGGCUAUAAGAACAAAAUCCAUGUCAUCCAGCCUAAGACAAUGCAGAUAGAGACAUCCUUUGAUGCCCAUCCUCGCCGGGAGAGCCAGAUCCGUCAGCUGGCAUGGAUUGGAGAUGGUGUUUGGGUUUCCAUUCGCCUGGACUCCACGCUAAGGCUCUACCAUGCUCACACCCAUCAGCACCUCCAGGAUGUGGACAUUGAGCCCUAUGUCAGCAAAAUGUUAGGGACUGGGAAGCUGGGUUUCUCGUUUGUGCGGAUUACAGCUUUGCUUAUUGCCGGCAAUCGCCUCUGGGUCGGGACUGGCAACGGCGUUAUCAUUUCCAUCCCUUUGACUGAAACUGUAGUUCUCCAUCGAGGUCAGCUCCUUGGGCUCAGGGCCAAUAAGACAUCCCCAACAUCUGGAGAAGGGAGCCGGCCUGGUGGAAUCAUUCAUGUGUAUGGCAGUGAUGACAGCAACGACAAGUCUGCCAGUAGUUUCAUCCCGUACUGCUCUAUGGCUCAAGCUCAGCUCUGUUUCCAUGGUCAUCGUGAUGCAGUCAAAUUCUUUGUUUCUGUGCCUGGAAAUGUUCUUGCAACGCUGAAUGGAAGCGUGCUAGACAGUCCCUCAGAGAACCCCAGCACAGACACGACUGAGGCAGAAGGGCAGAAGCUGAAAAAUGUCCUGGUGCUGAGUGGUGGCGAAGGGUACAUUGAUUUCCGGAUUGGAGACGGAGAAGAUGAUGAGACAGAGGAAAAUGCAGGAGAUGCUGCCCCUGUGAAGCCCAGCCUCUCCAAGGCUGAACGGAGCCACAUCAUUGUGUGGCAAGUUUCCUACAUCCCUGAAUGAGAUCCUCCUCUUCUUUCUGCCAGUUUAACUUUUUUCUUUCCCAAUCCCCAACUCCCUAAAUGCCAAGAUGUACAUACAAAACUCCUGCAUUAUUUCCUACUGUUGGAAAACCAAACCCCAAACAGGGGUGCAAUAGCUCCCACUGGAUGGCGGUUCCCCUCCUGUUCUAAGCCCCAAGCUUGCAUCAUUCAACUUGGGCUGGCUCGCUUUUCUGAAUUGGCUGGAUUAUCAUCAGCCUUCCAAAGGAGGAGAAUCAUGAAGGUGAAGCUUGGCAAACUGGGCACCAGGAAACGUGGGAAGAAUGGAUGUGUAUCAGAAGGGCUGGAUGAGGUUUUCAAGGCAUUCUCCUCCCUCCUUUCCGAAUUUGCGUGCAUGGUGGGGGGAACCCAAAACUGAGUUGCUUCUUGCCUUUAUUCUCUAACUUUGCCACCACCCAAACAGUACCUGAUGGCAUGCAAUUUAUCUACAAGCCAGUAUGAAAGAAGUGGUUUCCAAGAUAAUGAAGAAACUUUCCCAGCCUUCCUCCUCCACUGUGUAUCUGUGGGACCUGGUCAUUGGGAGAAGGGGUGUGUGUAUGUCCAUCUGGAACAACCUGGGAAUCAGAUGGAAACUGAUUUAGCAACCCAGAAUAUGUAUUUGUAGAGUGCCCAAAUGUGUUCAGGCAUAAGGUGAUGAGUUGACAGUGGAAUAUCUGUGUACAAAGAAUGUGCCAAAGGGAUGUUAUGGUUUUUCAUUGCUGGAACUACUUAGAUUGGGGCCUGGAAAAUACCUGAAUGGGGGACUAUUUAGAGGUUUGUUUAUCCUGUUUUGAGUGACUUGGAAGAAGAAUGGGAUCCAAAUGUAAGAAAUGCAACAUGCAAUUGAUUAUCUCCUUGCUGCAGUCGUUUUUAGGGAAGUGUGGAGGGGCAGGUGGUGGUUAAGAGUUGGGUUAAGAAAUCUUUGGGAGAUACUUUGCCUUUCAAAUCCUAACAGGCUAGUAACUGUGUCUUGUACUAGUUAAGCCAGCUUGGGUUCAUCCUGUGGUAUUCUGGCAGGGACCAAAUGGAGGUUCAGUCAUUGCUUAUGACUCUCAGAACCCUCUGUUGUAUCUUGCAAAUGAUUCAGGGAAGAAACAGUUUGAAGCAAGGAGAGCUUGGGAGGAAAAUGUGCUGGGGGUCUGGAGGUGACCUCAGGGAAGAUGCAGAAGGGAACAGUAGGAACAAAGGACAGGUGGAGAAGGUAUGGAUUCUUUGCAAAGGAAGUUUUGAAGUAGCAAGUAAGAAAGGAGUGACUUAUGUAGAGAAGGUAUGGAUUCUUUGCACAUGAAGUUUUGAAGCAGCAAGUGAGAAAGGAGGGACUUAUGUUUACCCAGAACUUAUACUGGAAAAGACAGCAGCAGUAAUGAUUGGAAGGAGGUUGCUAUGGGGCACAAAUUAUACUUGGAUUAAGGCCAGGGCGUUUGCAGCUAGUUUAGAGGCUUGUGAAUUUCGACAUUUCCCAACUUAAAAACUACAUAAAGAAAUAGCAGUGACAGUCCAGGUAUAAAGUAUGUUGACAUUGGCUGCAUCCACAUUGCAGAAUUAAUCCAGUUUGACACCACUUUAACUGCUAUGUCCCAAUGCUAUGGGAUUCUGGGUUUUGUAGUUUUGUAAGAUAUACUUAGCCCUCUCUGUCAGACAACUCUGGUGCCAAAAUUCCAUAGCACUGAGCAAUGACAGCUACAAUGGUGUCAAAGUGGAUUAUUUCUGCAGUGCAGAUGCAGCCAUUCUGUUGAAAUUCCACAGAGCUCUCACGAGUAAAACUUCCUAUGGCUUCCAUUCAUUAAUUUGUUGAAGUUCUUAAACUGUCCAGAGAAACCUGGGUUUCUUAUGGGUGGAGUCAGUCUCCCAACUGAUUCCUUGGAUUCAGUCAACUGUUCUUGGUUGGCCACAUCACCCGAAAAACCCACAAAAAACUGUUCUUGGUUGGGCUAGAUCAUCUGCUGGCCCAAUCCUUACCUCAACUGUAAUAGAUGGUGUUAAGUGGAAAACAUUGAUGGCUAUCUUCUACAUAGCCAUGCUCAUAUCUGUUUGCAUUUUUCCUGCACCUCUGUACCCACUCCUAAAGUUGAGCAUUAUUAUCGGGAUUUUUGUUUUGUUUUGUACUUUUUCUUUUCUUUUUGUAGCUUUGGAGACCAUGCUCCCAACUGAGGUCCUCUUGCUAAAGAUCUCUGUCCUUAUACAGUUGCCUGGAGCACCUACAUUCGUGGUGCAGAAAAAAACAGACUCUUCUCCAAGGUAGUUUCUGUCCUGACCCAAACUCUGCAACCAGGUCACAUCAUUCAGACUUUUGAGUGAGAAGAAACAAUGGCGGGGUACAGACCGCCGCUUUGCCGGCUAGUCCGUGGGGGAGCCGGAGCCUCCACACGGCGCGGCUCCC